UACAGAAAAAAUAAAUGGCGGAGAUAAUUGUACGCGUAAUUGUCGAAAUACUCAUUGAGAAGCUUAGCUCCAAUGGGAUAAAUCAGUUCCUGAAAUUGGUGAAGGGAAAUAAAAUAGAUUCCAAAACCAUUCAAGAUCAAUGGGAGAAAACUCUGAGAAUGAUUGCUGCGCUGCUCACUGACGCUGAACAGCGCCAAACUGAGAAUAAUGCAGUGAAGGUAUGGCUGGAAGAUCUCCAAGAUUUGGCUUACGACUUGGAGGAUAUUCUCGAUGAUUUUGCCACUGAAGCUCAACUUCAUUACUUGAAACGAACCCAUGAAGAUGAUCAAUAUGGUACUAACCUAUGGGACUUCAGAUUUCUCCACUCUGCCAAACAUAGGCUUAAAGGGAUAGCUUGUGGUUCUGGAGCUGAACAUUAUUUUCGAUACUCUGGUGGAGACGUUUCAUCCACAAUCAAAGAGAUAAGCCUACGCUUGGAAAAAAUACAGAUGCAGGCUAGGGAUUUGGGUCUCUCAGCUACUAUCAGCAUGAAGCAAGCUACACACCCAACUGAAGCACUAGGAAGAGGCUGGCGGGAAACCACAUCAUUAGUAUGUGAACCAAUCAUUCAUGGAAGGGAUGAUAAAAGAAACGAGAUUAUUGAGAAUUUGUUAAGAGAAGAGCUAAGUUGUGAUAAUUAUAAUGUGAUUCCUAUUGUUGGAACGGGAGGCAUCGGGAAGACGACUCUUGCACAAUAUGUAUACAACGAUGUGAAGCAUGUCAAGGCUCGCUUUGAUCUCAAGGCUUGGGUGUGUGUCUCAGAUGUCUUUGAUGUGACACGCAUAACAACAGCUAUUAUAAACUCCGCCAUUGGUGAAAAUGUUGAUUUUAGCAGCCUGAAUCAAGCACAAGAAAAGUUGCAGCAUGUGCUAACCGGCAAAAGAUUCUUGAUCGUUCUUGAUGAUAUCUGGAGUGAGGAUUAUGCUAUUUGGAACCAGUUACAGAUACCUUUCCGUGAUGGGGCAAGAGGGAGCAAAGUUAUAAUGACUACAAGAUAUGAGAAGAUUGCACGGAUGAUGAUUAAAAAUCCACACAGCACCAUCAUCAAAUUACAAGGUUUGUCGGACGAUGACUGUUGGCAUCUAUUUCAGCAGCAUACAAAUAAGGAUGCCGAACUUGCUGAGAUGAAAGAAGAUAUUAUGAAGAAGUGCAAAGGAUUGCCAUUGGCUGUGAAAGCUCUAGCAGGUCUCUUGAAAAGUACAGUGGAGAAGAGCCAGCGCAGAGAGAUGUUAAAUAGUAAUGUUUGGAGUCAGGAGAGCACUCUUUUACCAGCUUUGAUGCUGAGUUAUCAUCAUCUGCCACCUCGUCUAAAGCAUUGCUUUGCUUAUUGCUCCAUAUAUCCGAAAGACUAUGGAUUUACUGAGAUGGAGGUCAUAUUGUUGUGGAUGGCUCAAGGCUUCAUACCAGAAAGUCAAAUAGCUAGAAUGGAAGAUACAGGCCACAACUACUUCCUAGAUCUAGUAUCAAGGUCAUUAUUUGAGGCAUUACCAUUUGUUGUAGAAGAAGAAUCGAGAAAGUUCACUAUGCACGACCUUGUCCAUGAUUUGGCUCAAUGGGCUGCAGGGGACCUGUCUUAUGUAAUUGGCUCUACGAAUAGGCCAAAAGAUCUUAAAAGAACUCGCCAUUUGUUUCUCACCGAGGAUGGUAUAGAUGAAUCAUUGGGAAAUCAACUCUUGGCUUCUCAGUUGCGGACUUUUAUUUGUCCGUCCGAUGAUUACAUUUUUCGUUUGAAAAUCAAAAGUUUGAAUUUUGUCAAAAGAUUUCAAUAUGUACGCACUCUAUUCCUGAUAUCGGAUAUUAUUGAAGAGUUGCCAGAGUGUAUAGGUGAUCUGAAACACUUGCGGUUUCUUAUGCUCUCAUUAGAACGGAUAGAAGUGUUGCCAAAAUCAAUUAGCAAACUCUGCAACCUCCAGACGAUGGACUUGGAUCGUUGUUCCAUGCUUGAGGAGGUCCCACAUAUUAGGUUUCUGGUGAAACUUUGCCAUCUGUACAUUAAACAUACAUGUCUAAAAGAGAUGCCACUAGGAAUGGGGAAAUUGAUAAACUUGCAAACUUUAGACAAGUUUGUGUUAGCAGCUGGGGAUGGUUCCAGGAUUGGCGAGCUGAGGAAGUUGAAUCAUCUCCAUGGCAAACUCGUUAUCACAGGACUAAAAAAUGUGAAGAGGAUCCAGGAUGCACAGGAAGCCCAAUUACAUAAAAAAUAUGGUCUGCAUAACCUGCGUUUGAUAUGGGAUGAGUAUGAUGACAGUAAAGCAGAGCAGGAUGAGGUCGAUGAAAACACCAUUAGGGGUGUGGUAGAGCAGCUGAAGCCUCACACUUGCAUUCAAAAGUGUGUGUUAAAGGGGUACCGAGGCUUGAGAUUUCCAGCUUGGUUGGGAUUCCCCUCUUUCAAUAACAUGGUUGAAAUAAAGCUUGUGAAAUGUAGGAAAUGUGAAUGCUUGCCUCCACUAGGACAGCUACCCACGUUGAAGACUCUUAGGGUUGAAGACAUGGAUGGCAUUGAGCAGGUAGGUGAGGAAUUUUAUGGCCGACCUGAUUGCUCAAUUCCUUUUCCAGCUUUGAGAGAUCUAUGUUUUAUUGGUGUGGGAUCUUGGGAGAAAUGGCUGCACUCAUCGGUUGACAACAAUAAAGCAUUUCCCUGCCUUGAAAAGCUGUUAAUUAGUCAGUGCUUUUUGCUGCAAGGUGAUAUACCUCCCCAUCUCCCUUCUCUUAAACAACUGAGCAUCUCACAGUGCAUGGAGCUGAGUGUCUCACUUCCAAGGCUUCCUUUGAUAGAGCAGCUGAAGGUAUCCCAGUGUAAAGUGCUAUCUACUUCUGCAGAAGCGAUUUCUUGUUCAGAAAUUAUGGAACUUUGGGAUAUUUCGGAAUUCAGUGGCCUUCCUGGUCACUUCCCGUAUCUUUGUAAAAAACUCGUUCUAGGCAAUUGCCAUUCUCUCACUACUAUCAACCAGUUACCCAUGACACUUCGUCAGCUGGAGAUUGAUCAUUGCCGUGAACUAAAAUCACUGGAAUUAAGGAUAUCAUCUUCCUCUUCUUCUUCUUGUCUUGAAAAUCUCUAUGUCAAGGAUUGCAAGUCUAUUGUUUCUAUUUGUGAGAUUCCACUGACACUUCAUCAAUUGAAGAUUGAUUAUUGCGAGAAGCUACAGGUUAUUGAAUUUCAGAAUAAUGGACAGGAGAGUAUUCUGAAAACUAGUGACGGGUUAGUGUCCUCUUCCUCUACCUCUUCCUCUUUUGUUGUGGGAUCAAUAAGAGCAGCAUCUGUUGCUCCUUUGGAAGAUAUAGCGGAACGACUUAAACUUUCCAGAAAGGCUCCAUGUGAACUCACCAAAUUAAGAAUAGGGGGAUGCCAUAGUCUCAUAUCAUUACCAGCUCUACUCCUCCCCAGUCUAAAAGACCUCGAAUUAUUCGACUGCAAAAAUAUGGAACGUCUCCCCAGUGAGUUGCACUAUUUUACUUCCCUCCAAAAUUUAAGUAUUGAAAGAUGUCCAAAAAUCCAUUGUUUUCCAGCAGGGGGGUUACCCAAAAACCUAAAUGCUCUAUAUCUUAAAGUAAGCAUAAAACAGCCAAUACAAGAGUGGGGAUUGCACCUUCUAACUUCUCUUCAAUAUUUUUCACUUGAAAAUGUUAGCAGUUCUAUAAAUGAUCCAGUAGGGUGCAUACCAGGUCCGGAUCUUUAUCUUCCCUCUUCCUUGUAUGAAGUAUGCAUCAAGGGAUUCUCGAAUUUGAAAACCAUAUGUUGUUCCGGCCUUUCUAGCUUGACUAAAUUCAAUAUUGAAUGUUGCCCCAAGUUUGAAUCCUUUGGUGACAACGGCCUACCUCCCCGGCUUGAAGAAGUGUAUAUUGAAGAGUGUUAUUCGAUAGAGCAGCAUUUGAAAAGUGAUCCGAAUGGAUGUAUACACUUUAAUAGUGCCUGGUACUCUCUAUGUUAAAAGGGUGCCUCUGGGAAUCAAGUUUUUUUUUUUUUUUGGUGCAAUAGAGGGGAAAAACCCCUCUGUGAAUCAAGCUUUGCUCAUUCAAGUAUGUCUCAUUAAUUCAUUAUUCUUCAUUCUUCACUUUGACAUAUAUGUCAAUCUACACUACCUUGUAAAGGCUAUAUACGGAAUAAAAUGAAGUCAGUCCUACAUGCAGCCAGAAAAGUAA